ACCUGAAAAUAACUUAAAUUUAUUUUCUGCCUUUCCGUGUACGCGGCAGGCUCACUGGCCCUUAACGAAAGUGCGGCUGCGAACGAGCAGACGCGCACGGGGCCCGGGGGAGGCGCGCUCGAGCUCCCGGCGGCGACGACUACGACGACCAGGAGAGGGGACGGAGUCGGCGCCUGAAGCAGUGGCUGAGCCCAUGCCCCGGGACGGCGGGAGGGCCCGGAGAGACAAGUCCGGGGCCCGGGGCAUGUCCCCAGGGCCCCCGUGAGGAGGCGGCGGCGGCGGCGAUGGAGAUCCCGCCGCAGGAGGCGCCGCCCGGGCCGGGCGCUGACGGCGAAGCCGAGGAGGCCCCCGCAGAGGCCCCGUCUCCCGGCCCCGCAUCGCCCCCGGCCGACGGGCGCCUCAAGGCUGCGGCCAAGCGCGUUACGUUCCCUUCCGACGAAGAUAUCGUGUCCGGAGCCGUGGAACCCAAAGACCCCUGGAGACACGCCCAGAAUGUGACCGUGGACGAGAUCAUUGGCGCCUACAAGCAGGCUUGCCAGAAGCUGAACUGCAGACAGAUACCCAAGCUCCUCAGGCAGCUCCAGGAGUGCACGGACCUCGGGCACCGCAUUGACUGUCUGGAUCUGAAAGGUGAGAAGCUUGACUACAAGACCUGCGAGGCCCUGGAAGAGGUCUUCAAGAGGUUGCAAUUCAAGGUCGUGGAUCUGGAACAGACGAACCUAGACGAAGAUGGUGCCUCAGCCCUCUUCGACAUGAUCGAGUACUAUGAGUCGGCCACCCACCUCAACAUCUCCUUCAACAAGCACAUCGGCACCCGGGGCUGGCAGGCUGCCGCCCACAUGAUGCGCAAGACAAGCUGCCUGCAGUACCUGGACGCCCGCAACACACCCCUGCUGGACCACUCGGCGCCCUUCGUGGCGCGCGCCCUGCGCAUCCGCAGCAGCCUAGCGGUGCUGCACCUGGAGAGCGCCAGCCUGUCGGGGCGGCCCCUCAUGCUGCUUGCCACGGCCCUGAAGAUGAACAUGACUCUGCGGGAGCUGUACCUUGCCGACAACAAGCUCAACGGCCUGCAGGACUCCGCCCAGCUCGGCAACCUGCUCAAAUUCAACUGCUCCCUACAGAUCCUGGAUCUCCGCAACAACCACGUGCUGGACUCAGGUCUGGCCUACAUCUGCGAGGGCCUCAAGGAGCAGAGGAAGGGGCUGGCGACCCUGGUGCUGUGGAACAACCAGCUCACGCACACGGGCAUGGCUUUCCUGGGCAUGACGCUGCCGCACACACACAGCCUGGAGACGCUGAACCUGGGCCACAACCCCAUCGGGAACGAGGGCGUGCGGAACCUCAAGAAUGGCCUCAUCGGCAACCGCAGCGUGCUGCGCCUCGGCCUGGCCUCCACCAAGCUCACGUGCGAGGGCGCGGUGGCAGUGGCGGAGUUCAUCGCCGAGAGCCCCCGCCUCCUGAGACUGGACCUUCGGGAGAACGAGAUCAAGACGGGCGGGCUCAUGGCGCUGUCGUUGGCCCUCAAGGUGAACCACUCCCUGCUGCGCCUGGACCUCGACCGUGAGCCCAAGAAGGAGGCGGUGAAGAGCUUCAUCGAGACGCAGAAGGCGCUGCUCGCUGAGAUCCAGAACGGCUGCAAGCGCAACUUCGUGCUGGCGCGGGAGCGGGAGGAGAAGGAGCAGCGGCUACAGCUGUCGGCCUCCAUGCCCGAGAUCACCGUCACUGAGCCCCAGCCUGACGAUGAGCCGCGGGAGCAGCCCGCCGCCGAGGCGCAGGAGAACGGGGCGCCGGACCCCAGCCCCGGGCCGGACUCAGACUCAGACUCAGACUCUGAGGGGGAGGACGGGGACGAGGCGGAUGGGGAGAGGGCUGAGGCCCCCUGCCCCGCCCUGGUGCCCCCCACGGACUCCCCGGGCCCUGGGGACAGGAGCCCCCCAGGCUGCCCCUCCUCCCCCGCCGAGCAGCGCAUCUCUGUGUCCAGCCCGGGCUGGGGCCACAAAGUCUUUGUGGUGACCCGGGUGGAGAGCCCACCCGAGAGGGCAGAGCCGCCCGCGCCCCCCGCCCCUCCUGGCCCUGCGUCCCCCCCCGCCUCAGCCUCCCCGCCGCCCGCACCUUUCCCGACGCCCACUGAAGCCGCCGGCACUCCGGACCCUGGACCGCCUGAGCCCCAGCCACCGCCGGAGCCGCCCCAGGUGGGGCCAUCGUUGCCCAAUGGCCUGAAGCCCGAGUUCGCCCUCGCACUGCCCCCAGAGCCGCCCCCGGGGCCUGAGGCCAAGGUGGGCAGCUGUGGCCUGGAACACGAGCUGAGCUGCUCCAAGAAUGAGAAGGAGCUUGAAGAGCUGCUUCUGGAAGCCAGUCAGGAAUCUGGGCAGGAGACACUGUGACACUUUAGCUCCCUUUUACCCGUCGGUCUUCGAAGAGCUGAGGACAGAGCCAUGAGAAUCUGCUCACCCUCACCCCCAGCCUUCCUGAGGCCCGGGACACCAGGGGGUGGGGGCCUUCCUGGGACCCCCGCCCACGCCCACACACAGCAACACUACACGGGUGCAGGAGCUACAGGAGUGGCCCUCCCCGCCCUGACUGAAGCACUUCUAUUUAUGUCGACACUCGAAGACUCUGGGCUGGGGGUGGAAGGGAGGAGGAAGUGGAUGCGGUCUCCAAGGUCAUCGGGGUCAUGAGGCCCCGGUGCCUCUUCCCAGGGGCCCAUUUGGCCAGGCUUGCCCCAUCGAGGGCAGGAGUCCUAGGUGGUGGCGGGAUGGCCCCCAGGGCCCCGGGUGCGGGGCCAGGCCGGAGGCACGGCUUGGGAGGGGUGGUGAGCGUUGGUGGUGGUGGUGGUUGGACUUGGCGGAGCAGCCCCAGGCAGGGUGAGGGGCCUGGGCUGGGGUGGGUGGGGGGAGACGGGAGCCGAGAUCAGAGCUUUCUUUAUCUUAAGUGCAAUAAAUCUUUCAGGGAGCUGGGGCGGGGAGCAGCCAGGGCUUGGAGAACCUGCUGUCCGGCCACGUGAGGCUGCGCCCUGAGAGGCACUACAACCCGGGUUGGGGGGCGCGGGGGAGGGGGGCGCAGAGGGCAGGGGAGGGGCUGCUCCUGUCGGUGCAACUCUGUUCACACCUUUUCUAAUAAACCGGAGCUGGGUUCCCCAUU